UGGCUGGGGCAAAACCGCUAUAACUAUCUUCUGUUCGCUCUUCAUGUGGGUGCGAGUACACCGCAGCUACUUGAACAUCUUUUCCGCAUUCAAAAGCAAGCCCUCGAGCGCGCGCAGUAUGCGCACGGGGACCCAGAGCACAUUUCGCUCGCAGUGGAAUUACAACUUAACUUGCAGAGUGGACAAGAGAAGAAGUCGUCUCUAGAAUACGUUCAUUCUAUAUUUAGAGACUACCGGUAUACGUUUUCCUACAAACAGGCCUCUGACUGUGCCAGCUCCAGUGGGUGGAGCUACAUUGGGCCCCUCUCUCUGCCCGCUCAGCACUGAUGGGACAGAAUCCUGAAUCCUGGAGGAAUCCUUGACGACCCCUCUUUCUUCCUCCGCCCUCCCAGGCUCCACCCUCUUUCUCCUCUCCUCUUUCCUUAGACUCUCCUCCUCCGGUCUCUUCUCUCAGCGCUGGGAUCAUUACUCAACCCCACUGAAGAAUGGAACACAGUAGCUGGCAAGGAUGAACUGGGUCUGCCUGCCAAUGCAGAAAGGGAGAUAAAAGAGGGAGAAAGAGAGUGAAAGAAAAGCAAGCGAGAGAAAGUUCAAAACCUGUGAGUGAAAGAAGAGAGGAACAUAUUAAAAUGAGAGAUAACAUCGACAACUGCACUUGAGUAGUAUGAGCUAGAAGGCCUCAGCAAACCUGCCCACCUGGAUGUGUGGAUCUGUAGACACACACACACACACACACACACACACACACACACACGUCUGUUUCAGUCGCAGCAGAAGACGGCUCCUACCCUGCCCUACACUGUGGGGUGGUGUUUUCAGCGUUAUUCCCUGCCUACCAUACCUGUGUGAGGAGUGGUGGACAAAAGUGGAGAGGAAAUUCAGCAACUCUUAGAGGACAGUGGAAGUUGAUAGAAAUGCUUCUUUGUUAAAACCAGCGUGUUUCGGCCCGUAACCUUUUUAUCAGGGUUUUAGUAGUGAACAGGUCAGCACCACCAUGCCGGCUAAAGGGAAGUACCUGUUAAAUGACCAGGAGCUGAAACAUGAGGCCCUGUACAGGAAGUUCUCCUGUAUCAGCCAGUACCAGCCUCUGGUGCUGCUACUGGGCCUCUCCAUGCUGUCCUGCGGAGCCCUCAUCAUCCUCUUCUUCGCCCUGCACCUGAGUGCGGAGGAGCACUGUGCAUUUGUCAGCGUGGUGAGCUGCAGCCUGUGUGUGUUCCUGGCUGUGUUUGUGCUGGUGUGUACAGAGACCCUGACCCAGCGCUGGAGGAGACUGCUGGGUCUGGUGGUCUGGGCCACUCACCUCACCAUGGGAUUCACCUUCAUCUUCAGCGGACCCCUCAUCCUGCCCUGGGACCAGGUUCCCUUCUUCCUGUUCAUCAUCUUCACAGUGUACACCAUGCUGCCUUUCCAGAUGUGCUAUGCUGUGGUGCUCAGUGUGAUCUCCUCACUCUCUCACAUCAUGGUCCUCACUCUACGCCUCACUGUCUUCAACACCCAAGAUCCCAGCCCCUUUCUGGCCAAUCAGCUGCUGUCCAAUGCGGUGGUGUUUCUGUGUGGCAGUGGGGUGGGGGCCUUCCAUAAGGUCCUGAUGGAGAGAGCGCUUAGACAGACCUUCCAGGAUACACUCAGAUGUCUGGGCAUCCGCAUGAAGCUGGAGAUAGAAAAGAGACAACAGGAGAACCUGCUGCAGUCUGUGCUGCCGGUCUACAUCUCCAUGAAGAUGAAGCUGGCCAUCAUGGAGCGUCUGCAAGACUGCAAGGACAAAGAAGAGCAGCAACGACUCGUCAAAGACAACAACUUCCACAGUCUCUACGUCAAGAGACACGAGAACGUCAGUAUUCUGUAUGCUGACAUUGUGGGCUUCACCCGAUUGGCCAGCGACUGCUCUCCGAAGGAGCUGGUCAUUAUGCUCAACGAGCUGUUUGGGAAGUUUGACCAGAUUGCAAAGGAGAACGAGUGCAUGAGAAUCAAGAUUUUGGGAGACUGCUACUACUGUGUGUCUGGCCUGCCUGUCUCCCUGCCCAUGCAUGCCAAGAACUGUGUGAAGAUGGGUCUGGACAUGUGUGAGGCCAUCAAACAAGUGCGCGAGGCCACAGGUGUGGACAUCAACAUGAGAGUGGGCGUGCACUCCGGCAACGUGCUCUGCGGUGUGAUUGGCCUCCGCAAGUGGCAGUUUGACGUUUGGUCACAUGACGUCACCCUGGCCAAUUAUAUGGAGUCUGGAGGCUUACCUGGGCGUGUCCACAUCACUGAGGCCACCCUGAAGCACCUGAACAAGGCCUAUGAGGUGGAGGAGGGCAACGGUGGGCUAAGAGAUGCCUACCUGAAGGAGCUCAACAUUCAGACAUACCUUGUCAUCGAUCCUCGGUCUAAGGACCAGGCUCUGAACAGCCGCAGUAUGCCCAAGCCGCGUGUGAAUGAUGGGCUGAAGAUGCGGGCGUCAGUGAGAAUGACCCGUUACCUGGAGUCCUGGGGCGCCGUCAAACCCUUCGCCCACCUACAGAGCAGAGAGGGGUACACCACGGACACCAUGGUCAAUGGAAAAUCACGCUGCAAGGACAUCCCUCUGCGCACAGCUCACUCGAAGAUCACUGAGAGCUUUGAUGAGUCUGUAGAGGAGCCCUUCUCCUCGCCCGCCCCUCCGCUCAGCACCUAUAAGAACAAGUCCCAGAAGAGCAAGUUUGAUGAGGAGCUGCACAAUGAGAUGACCACCACCAUCGAUGAGCUCAGCAACAAGCAGUGGGUGAAGUCUGAGAUUAGCAGUCUGGCUGUGUGGUUCCCUAAGAAAGAGCUGGAGAAACAGUACCGAGCCAUUGAUCUGCCCAUGUUCAAGCACUACAUUGGCUGUGCCACUUUCAUCUUCUUCUGCAUCUUUGUGGUUCAGAUGUUUGUGACAAAAGAUUCCAAAAUGUUGGGAAUGUCGUUUGGAGUGCUGGCCUGUGUCCUCCUGUUGACCCUGGGCAUCUGUUUCGCAGGUCACCUGCAGCGGUUGUUUCCGGAGAAGUUGUCGUCCUGCCAGUGGCUGCCUGCUGUGUCCGAGGCAGUGGUCAAGAGGCCGUGUGUGCGCCUCCCUCUGGUCACUAUCACCACUGCGGUCAUCAUCAUCCUAGCAGUCUUCAACCUGUGCUUCAUCCAGACGAAGUCACCGUGUGAUAUCAAUAGUAACCCUGAUCUGAUUCGAUCUGACAACUCCAGUGAGCAACAUCCAGGCAGCCUGUUCUACCUGCCGUACUCUGUGUUCAGCUGUAUCCUGGCUCUCAUAGCUUGUGGAGUGUUCCUGAGGGUGAGCUUUGAGGUUAAAGUGGUCUUCCUCACCCUGGCCUCCGCAGCCUACUACAUCAUCAUCCUCAGCGCCAAGGCUGGUCUCUUCAGCUGCUAUGGACAAAUGCUUUACAACCAACUCAAUGAAAACAGAACUGAGGACUCUGGGACCAUCCUGAGAGCGUUGGGGCUGGUCAAACACCCUAAGGUGAUGAGCUGCAUAUACAUCACCUUGUUCCUGGUCACCAUGCUCAUCAUCUCACAACAGAAUGAGUCAUGCUUCCGCCAGGACUUCCUUCUGAAGAACAAGAACCGUACGGAGCAGGAUGAGAUCGAGACCAGGGAGAACCUGAAUCGCCUACUCCUGGAGAACGUGCUGCCGGCCCAUGUGGCUGCGCUGUUUGUCGGGGAGAAUAAAAAGAACGAGGUGGGAUUCCUCACAAACACUUUACUUACUGAGAAGUACAAGGAUCUGUACUACAAGUCAUAUGACUGUGUGUGCGUGAUGUUCGCAUCGGUACCGGACUUCAAAGAGUUCUACACAGAGUGUGACAUCAACAAGGAAGGUCUGGAGUGUCUGAGGCUCCUCAACGAGAUCAUAGCAGACUUUGAUGAGCUACUGUCCAAGCCCAAGUUCAGUGGAGUUGAGAAGAUCAAGACCAUCGGAAGCACUUAUAUGGCAGCCGCAGGGCUGAGUGGCACCCCAGGACAGGAGAAUAACCAGGAUCGAGAUAGGCAGCAGGCACAGAUAGGGAACAUGGUAGAGUUUGCCAUUGCUCUCAUUGGCAAGCUGGAUGGCAUCAACAGACACUCCUUCAACAGUUUUAGGCUGCGUGUGGGCAUUAACCAUGGGCCUGUUAUUGCUGGAGUGAUUGGAGCCAGAAAACCUCAGUAUGACAUCUGGGGCAACACCGUCAACGUGGCCAGUAGGAUGGAGAGCACUGGAGAGCUGGGCAAGAUUCAGGUUCAGUACAACAACCUAGUAUUGUCCUUGCUAGUCUGGCUGGAGAGAUUACCUAUAACCACACAAAAACCAUGGCUGCAUGCAUUCAGCAUAAUAAUGUCUUGUUCCUUGCUUCGUCUCUGCUCCAGGUCACAGAGGAGACAUCGGACGUGCUCCAGAAGCUGGGCUACUCCUGUGAGUGCCGAGGCCUCAUCAACGUCAAGGGAAAAGGCGAGCUGACAACCUUCUUUGUGUGUACGGACAUGAGCAAGCAGCAGGGAAUGGGCCUGAGCUGAGGUCUACGGUGAGCACACUACUGUGUGCGGACUCUGGGCCUGGUAGCGCAUAUGUGUCCUGGGUCGGUCGCAGGACAUCCAAGGACACGUCUAAUUACAUGAACGCACAUAAGUUAACAUUCUUAGAGUAAGCCUAUCAGAGCACACAAAUAUAAUCCAUCUCAGCGAUGAUCCGGACCGGACCAGAACAAGACCUUGUGGUCCUAGAGGUUAUAUUUUGGAUUAUUCAUGUUUCCAGGAAUCCCUUUGGGAGAUUCUUCAUUGGAAAUAAAUGCUUAGUGCUGCUG